UUUCCCUCCCCCCUCACCUGCGAUCCGACCAUUAUUUCUCGCAAUUUCGCAUCGCGCUUGUCAACGAAGACAAACCCACAUCGCGCCCGUGCACUCUCUUCUUUGCUGUGCUUCGCUUGGCUUGUUCUCUGUCCUUGGUUCUUUCGCGAAGCAUUAUCCUCAGCACUUGCAAAUCGCAUCUAUCUAGAUGUGGCGAGCCAGCUGAACCUCCUCGUGCAUGAUAAUGCAGAUGGGAUGUCAAUUACCCGUAUUAUCGAUGUUGCUAAUCUGAGCUUCAUGGUGCUUGUCAUUACUCUCAGCGCCUUUAAAAAAUGGAGCAUGUCUCGACGCUAUGUGCAGUUAGCACCGUUGGUAUUGCAGCAACCGGCCUUGCUCUCGGUCGCGUCGAUCGAGACCCCCCCAAGCCCGGUCGAUUUCGGAAAAAACCCUCCCCUCUGCAUAAUCAAUGCGCGCAUACAAUAGACUCGCCCGAAUCUCCGUUAUCUAAUAAUAUACACCCGGGAUCUCUUGCACCCGCAGUGGCGGCGGAAGAUCCCUCCGAGAACCCCAAGGUUGGCCCCGGGAAAACAGAUGGCGUCCCCAAUGAAGACCACCCCGGAUCUAUAAAUCCGCGACGAAAAUCCUCUCUUGCAGGGCUCAUUCUGCGUCGCCGUGGCCAAACUUUGUCGAAUCCACCCCUGCGCAUCUCAGAGGAUCCCUCAUCGGUCUCCCAUAGCCGCCGGCCAUCUUCGUCCUGGAUACGACGCCUAUCAUUUCAACCUGAAAACCGUUCCUCAUGCCAACCCCCUCAUUCUCCGUCAAUAAACGGUCCCGCAAGCCCUGGUCUUUGCCCGUCCAGCCAGCGUCGAGCGCCAAACAAACUUGUCAAGCGGCCUCCAUCGCAGCACUCAGGUGCUAAUCCUCUGCCCUCACAGGCCCCUCCCUCUCCAUCUGCGUUUGGCCUGCGCAGACCAGCGACGAGCUAUCAACGGCGCGAAAGUCGGGGGCAUAAGGCGACUCAUAGUCUGUGUUUCGAGCCCGGCUUGGCACUUGAUUCUACAGGCCAGACUCCAGCUGGGGCUUUCCGACCAUAUUUAAACGCCGACCCUGCCGUGCAGCCUGACAGGCCGAAUCGCCGGUUCUCGACUACCACAAAACCCAAGGACCAGGGCCUACGGCGAUUAAUCCCUCGCCUGGACGGCUUUCCGGUUCUUCUUCUGGCGACUUCUCUUACCAACAAGGAACCUGGACGGGAUAUUACCCCGGAAGAAUCUGCCCCGAUUUCACCGGUCGAGUUUCGCGAUCCAUUCAAACCGAUUCACACUAUCGCCCAAGAGCCAGAGACGCACUCCUCGGCAAAACCUAAAGGUCGUCAACUGUCACUGGCUGGCGAAGCAGAUCCCAAGUCGCCAGCAUCAAGUCCGCGAGUCGCAGACAGCCCGACAUUUGAUGAUGGCCCUCUCGUGCAGCCCAAACGCAGAGCAAUUUCUUCCCCGGUCCUUAACCUAUCCAAAUUGGAAGGAGCCCGCUUUCCUGUUCGACGAUCCCUCGAGAGACGCAAUAUUACCGACCCAAACGUCUUCAAUCGUUCCCACCAUUCUUUCCGGGCGGAGGCCUUCAAGCCACCGACCUUGGGGAUCAUGGGUUCACGAAGAAAGACAGUCUCUCGCUCUCGUGCCGAUACGGGUCAGUCCCAAGACAUCGCACAAUAUCCGCUCCCAUUAGAUACGGUAGCUUUGUCCACUUUGACGGGCUCUGUACGUCAGCGUUCCAAACGACAUUCAAUCGCUGCCUCGGAUCCCGCCUCAACGGUUAUCGGAUCUGACGAUACCCGCAUUUUCACAUCGGGUGAUGAAGACGACACGGACUUCUUGAGUGACACCGCCUUUGACUCCAUUCGCACGCAUAUCACGACCCAAAGUACAGCCGGCAUCUACGCGCCUCGUAUCGAAACUAUCUUUGACCAGAACACAUCGCCCUACUGCAUAGAUGCUGAAUCUAUUAAGCCUAGUCAUCCGGAUCAAACCAGCAGUCGCGAUCCCCGAGUCAUAAAAAGCGGUUCCCAUGACCCUGAUGGCGAUGCUACUUCGGUUCGCUUCUCCGCUCCAGGAGCCCAAGAGGUCAACUGCCUAGGAGAUGGAGAUAGCAAGCUUUCCUUCCCAUCCGAUCUCACCGACGAUGAGGAUGCUCUCAGCCUUGUCGCAGCGUUGCCCGGGGAGGUGGGAGAGCAGAUACCACAGUGUGGUAAUUUUCCGGCUGAGAAAAGUCCAGCGUUCCCUCUACGCAUCGCCGGAUCAAAUGGGCGGGGUUUAACCCAUGAUUCUCUAGAAUCUUAUCCCAAAGUAAACAUAUUUGACUGGUCAGAACAGCCAAGAAACGAUCGCGAAGCGCAAGGGUCCGAUGGACGACCACGGACUGUUCAUGGCAAACACGGGCCUGAAGCCCGGGGAAGCCGCCCGCCCGGGCGAAAGCCACCAAACACACUGCAUUUGCGAAGUCAAAGUGUUCCCGUGUCCAGAGACCCCCCAACGUCUAACGAGUCCCGCCAAACCUCGGGCAAGUUUGGAACUUGGGGCUUGGGGAGCAAAGGAGUAAGUGAGGACUGGGAUAGCGACUUUGAAUUUGAAGAUGCGGAUGAGAACAUCGCCGGCGAGAGUAUCAAGCCUCAUCGGGAUCCCGGUGUCCCGCAGCGUGGUAUGAUGGUGCCCCAGGCGAUAAUGGACCGGCAAGCGAGCCUCCAUGGGCAAUUCGGACAGGUGCAAGAGUUGACCUUGUUGGUUGAGGAACUGAAGCGCCUUCGACACCAGGCUAGCUUUCUCGGUAUCGUUCGUGGCCCGUCAAGCGAGCUAUGGAAGGAAGCCGAGGGUAUAGUCGACCUGGCCACACUUGACGAUGAAGAUACUAGCCAUUCUCCUCCCGGCUCACCGUCUUCUCUUACCUUCAGCUUUGAUGAUUCUGAGGGCGAGUCUUCAACUAAUGACACCUUCAAGCGCGCCAGUGGGGAGUCCUGGCAGCCUUCGUUUUCAGAGCACUCGACCUCUAUUCAUUCCAACGGGGCGGAUGAAAGGGAAAUAUCUACCAAGGCCAACUCCGUGUUAGACUUGAUCUACCGACAACGAGUGUCCCCUGAUCCGGCUUUGAACGAAAGUCAGUUACCCAAGUCUAAAAAACUCCCCUUCGACACACGGUCUCUCCGCGAUCUGGUAAUCCGCGCCGGCGUUGUGACUCGCGCUCUGAAAGAAGUAAUCCGCAAAGCAGAAGGGGUUGCCGUCGACCCCAGCGAGAACAUACACACGCCCAAUCCGCCAUUCAGUCGGAUUUUCAAUAAACCCUCAAGCGAACAUUUGUCGAACUUUAGAACUCGCUGU